AUGGAGCCUGCGGACGAACCACCGGGCGAAUCUUUUCAUACUGUUCCAAUUUAUCAAUUUGACGCGUCUUCCGACAGUGAUUCUGACGACCCAGGACGCAUUGUUCCUCCCGUAGGACCUGUGCUUGAAACGCCGCCUACUCAGCCUAUCCAACCCUCUCAACCUACCCAAUCUACUCAAUCUAUUUUGUCUCAUAGAAUACCGGUACAACCUCCGCAACGUUCUUAUACGGCUCCACUAAUUCAACAUGAACGACAGCCCUCAGAAGUAUCAAUGGUCGCGGAAUCCAUACAAACUAGGCCAAGCAUGGACGAUGACGAUCUAUUCGAGGAAGAUAGCACCAGUGAAGAAGAGGAAGUUAUUCCUACAGGAUUAUCAACACGGUCUCCCGGAGCUCCAGUUUUACCAACUAUGUCAGCGAGUCCGACUCCGGCAUACGAAAGUCGGGGUAUAGCAGAUGUUCCAGACAUUCCAGGAAGGGUAGAUACUCGAGGUAUAAUGCCUUCUUCAUUAACAAGCGUUCCAAUAAGUUCCGAGAGAAGAUUGCAUCGAUCAAGUUUGGAACAAACCCAAUCGCCCCAAGUUACGCAACCUCACACAGCCUUCGAUAGUGCUGCGCGUGGAACACAAAAAGAGAUAAGUGAAAAAGAACGCCGUCAUUCGAGAGAUGAUUCACGUACAUAUCAUCAUCAUCAUCGGGAAUCAUCGGAUCUUCUACCAUUGACACUUGUUACUGAUCGUGGAUCGAGCGGUCUUUCAUUUACAACAAAUUUUGCGUACCUUCCUUCACCAUUUGGCCGAGUAAUAACACGUUCACAAAUAAUGGCACGUGUGGCUUGGUUCUCUCAAUUAGCUAUAUUCAAUAUUGUCUAUGCGGGCUAUAAGCUAGGUGGAAAAAGUACAAAUACAACAACUAGUGAUACUAAUGUCAGCGAUGGAAAAAAUUAUGCGGCCAACCUUAUCGGAUUGGUUAUUUUUCCUAUUAUAUUCUUCAUAUUAUACAUUGUCCUUGUAACAAUUUGGACAUAUCUAGAUCUUCGAAGGAAAGGAUUUGACACGUCAUUCACAGUCAUAUAUUAUUCUCCUUUAAUGCUUUUUUCAAUAUUUUUCGAUGAAACAAGACGUGUAGAUGUCUCCAAGUUUCAUGAGGUUAAUUAUGGUGCUAAAUGGUGGCGAUUUGGAACCACUAGGGUUCGCGAAGGCAUAAUCAUGACCCUUUAUUGUUUAUUUGUACUUGCUUUUGUUUUGUCAGAUGUAAUUGGUCGUGCUAUGAAUCAACCUAAUGCAGAAGUUUCAGAAGUAUUUGGCGACUUUGUACCUUUCUUUUUUAUGUUAGUUGUAUAUUUUUUAGGAGUAAUAGUAUUUAUUUGGGUGGUUGUAGAUGCCGUGGUAGCGGGUACAAUGCACGGAAGCGGGGAGGGACGAAAGAGAUUAGUUGGUGCGUUAUCAGGUGCCUUUAGAAUAAGGAGAGGAUAA